UAACACUGUGUUUAACUCUGAUUACUGAUUAGUGCUCUGAUCUGAGAGCAGGUGAUGGGACUGAUAUGGACUUGGGGUGAUUUGAAGUUAAGAGGAUGUAGCAUCACUAUCCAUGACUUUCUGUUUGUCUGCAUAUCUGCUCAUCAUCACUGAGAUUCACUCCGGGUGAGGGGCCAGGAAGAGACGCAACAAUGAGCGGUUUUAACGCUUCUCUCCAGCUGGAGGACUUUGACGAUUUCUACUUCAACUACACGGACAUCCCCAACACCACAUUCGUUAUCGACCAGAGCACCGUCGCCUGCCAACCCGUCGCCAUAUCCGACGCCAUUAACGCCGCAGUGUGUGUGUUCUACACCAUCGUCUUCCUGCUGGCUAUUCCUGGAAACCUGGUGGUUGGGUUUGUGAUCGGGAGGAACCGGCAGUCCCUGACCCCGUCCGAGGUUUACCUGUUCCACCUGAUGGUCGCGGACACUCUGCUGGCUCUGGUGCUGCCGUUCUACGCCACGUCGUUGGUGCGUGGGUGGCUGUUCGGUGACUGGGUUUGCAAGCUGGUCAGUCUGGUGAAGGAAGCCAACUUCUACACCAGCAUACUGUUCUUGGCGUGCAUUAGCAUGGACCGCUACAUGGUGAUCGUGCGAGCGAUGGAGGCCCGGAGAGCUCAGCGGCGGCUGUGCAGUUGGGUCGUAUGUGGGUCGGUUUGGGUUUUGGGUCUCCUGCUGUCUCUACCUGCACUCUAUAACGAAGUGUUCUCUCUGAAAGUCUCAGAUCCGCAGAUCUGCGCCGAACGCUUUGCGACGGACAGCGCGGACGAAUGGCGGCUUGCCACUCGCAUCAUGCGGCACGUCCUCGGCUUCCUGCUGCCGCUAGCCUUCAUGCUAACCUGCUACAGCGUCACCGUAGCCAGGCUGCUGCGUACCCGAGUCUUCCGUCGCCAGAAGGCCAUGAGGCUCAUCGUGGCGGUGGUGGCCGCCUUCCUCUUCUUCUGGACGCCGUUCCACCUGGCCACCAUAGCCGACACUCUACUGAGAGCCAAACUGGUGGAGAACACCUGCUAUAAGCGCAACGUGGUGGACGUGACCAUGUUCGCCACGCAGAGCCUGGGGCUCCUGCACUGCUGCGUUAACCCCGUGCUCUACGCCUUUGUGGGAGAGAAGUUCAGGACGAGGUUCAGUCAGAUGCUAUAUAAAAGUGGACUUCGGGACAGGAGCUCUGUUUUAAAGUCGCCUCGCUCCACAUCACAGACCUUAGAACCCAUGUCCAACUUAUUUUGAGCAUAAAGAACAAUACUGUACGUCACAUCUACGUAGACGUGGACUUUUGGAUAUUUAGAUAUUUUUAUAUAUAGAGAUAAGAACCAGUCAAACAUGUGGAGAGACCUUCUCAUUUUUAUAAAUUUACAUUUUUAUAUUUUUCCAACAUAGUAAAUUAAUAGUAAAGUGAUCUAUCAGACUAUUAAAAAAGGAACACAUAAUGAAUCAUGUAGUAACCUAAAAACAGUGUUAAACAAACCAAACUUUUCUGAUGUUUCUGAGGCUGGUUACUCUGAUGAACUUAUACUGUGCAACAGAGAGAACUCUUGCUCUUCAUUUCCUCGGCCGGUCCUGAUGAGUUUUUGAUGGUUUCAAAGCUCUUGAGAUGUUUCAGAUUGAUAUUUAAUUAAUAAAAUAAAAAAAUGAAAAUCAUAAUAUGAAAAAACAUUAACAGACCACUUCAAAAUGAUCAGUUUCUCUGAUUUUGCUAUUUAUAGGUUUAUGUUUGAGUAAAAUGAACAUUGUUGUUUUAUUCUAUAAACUACAGACAACAUUUCUCCCAAAUUCCAAAUAAAAAUAUUCUCAUUUAGAGCAUUUAUUUACAGAAAAUGAGAAAUGACUGAAAUAACAAAAAAGAUGCAGAACUUUCAGACCUCAAAUAAUGCAAAGAAAACAAGUUCAUAUUCAUAAAGUUUUAAGAGUUCAGAAAUAAUCAAUAUUUGGUAGAAUAACCCUGGUUUUAAUUCAGUUUUCAUGCAUCUUCAAGCAUUCAUGCAUGUUCUCCUCCACCAGUCUUACACACUGCUUUUGGAUAACUUUAUGCUGCUUUACUCCUGGUGCAAAAAUUCAAGCAGUUCAGUUUGGUGGUUUGAUGGUUUGUGAUCAUCCAUCUUCCUCUUGAUUAUAUUCCAGAGGUUUAUUCUUUGGAGAAAUGUUGUUAGUAGUUUAUAGAAUAAAAUAAAAAUAUGUAUUUUAUAUAAAAAUAUACCUAUAAUUAGUAAAAUCAGAGAAACUGAUCAUUUAUUCAUUUAUUCUUAAUGUAUUUUUUUUGGAACUGUAUUACUCAGCUCUAUAUAGUAUAUAAUAUGGUCAAUUGUCUAUUUAGUGUACAAUUGUGUUUGACAGUAACACCUAUUUUCAACUCAUGAAGAAGCUCAUAAUUGUCUCAAAUGAAAUCAAAUUAUUUUAUUUUAUUGUUACAUCACAUUAACACACGUGCCUUGUCCUUUAGAAUAGCAAAAACACAAUAAAUACAAAUAAAAACAUAGAAAAUGUAGAAUUUCACACAUAACACACAUUAUCAUAACACUAUACACACAUUAUUAUUGCACUGUUGAAGAAAAAAAUAAUAUAAUGUAGACACUAUGAAUAUACAGAUUGCAAAAACUCCAAAAGAUAAUAAAGCUCAAUGCUGCCCUCCAGUGUUUUACCCACUAUGCCUUUUUUCAGCCAGAAGUAAUUCUCAGGAAUUCAGUGGAAAGGUACUUUAUUUCAGUAAUUCAGUCCAAAUUUAAAACUCAUAUUAUAUAGAUGUAUUAAACACAGAGUGAUCUAUUUUAAGUGUUUAUAAAAAUGCUAUUUUUAAGAAUGUUAUAUUUGUACAGUAUUAAUCUACAGAAAAAAACAUUGUGAGAAUGUGUCCAAACAUGUGAUAUAAUAUAAAAUGAUGUUUGUUUAAUUGUUUAAAUGUUUAACUCUAGGCUUAAACAUUUAAAAACAGAUUGUUUACACUCAGGUUCUUUAGAACUGUAGUUCCUUCUGACCACUGAAAGCUUUUUUAAGGAAGUAAUUAUUUUUAUUUUAUUAUUUAUUUUAUUCCAGAUGCCUCUGUUUUUAGGAAGUAAAACCCACUAACAUAAAUGUAUGAAAUGUUUUUAUUCUGCUAGUCUUGGUAUAGUUAAAAUUAAAAUACCUAUUCUUAUCACCCUGCGCAAGACGCGUCACAAUGCUCAUUGCUAUCUUACACACCACCAACAGCCAUGUCUAUUUUUUUUUACUCCUUCCACCUGCAUCGCUUUUGAAUAUAUCUACACUGAUGGGCGUGGUGUUUCUGGAAACAAUGAUUCUGGAAAUUCAAGCACAUUUCUGGAGUUUUGCUUGUUUAUCUUGGUAACAGAAAACACAGGAGCUUCACUGACUGAUUAAAACCCUGACAACAGUCAACAGAGCCAGAGCGUGAUAUACACUCAUUAUGCAUGCUCCUUAGGAAAAGCCUUCAACAGUGCACCGUUCAGCACGAUUUAAGGCAUGUCAGUGUGUCUUUGCUAUCGUAACGACGGGAAAAGUAUGCCUUGAAUGGCUUGAAACACACAAAUGGCAUGCACGAAUUCUCUUAAUUAAUCAUUUUAAUCAAUAUAAAGGCAUAUCUAGCAGUAUCUAACACUUUUAUAUCCCCUCAUAGCAUAAAGACCCAGUGUUUCUAUUUAGACCACAUAAUAUAUAUGAGACAUAUUGAAACUGCACUCGCAGCAUCCUGUUGUGUGUCUUUUUUUGCCAGUGAGUGUAUUAAUAAAGGAAAAAUGAGAAAGCAGCUGUGUACGGGUGAAGAGUUGCAUCAGUUCCAGUCACUUUUCAUGAGUCAUGGCAACAAAACACAUCUACUUCUCCAAUCUUAAAGGGUAAAAGAACAGCACAUGCAGAGGAAGCCUGCCUGAACAUCGCUGUGUCAAACAAAGGGCGUUCAGUAAAAAUCAACACAAGUUUUUUGUGUUGUUUUUUUGUUAAGAAAGUAAUGGAAUGUGCGCUCUACAAAUGAGGCACAAUAAACAGGCCAGCCAAUCAGAACAGAGCUUAUUUACAGUAGAUUGGCCCUAUUUUAGUGAUCGAUAGGCGAUCUAUCAAUCGUGCACCGUGCAGCUUGAUUUAGGGCGUGUCAGUGUGUCUUUGCUAUCGUAACGACGGGAAAAGUACACCUUGCACGGCUCAAAAAACGCACGAAAGGCAUGUACUAAUUCUGUUCAUUAAUUAUGGGUUAACUUGUAAUAAACAAAUUAGAGCGUCACUUGCUCAUCAUUCCCUUUAAGAGCCAGAUGAGCUCUGACUUUGGCACAUUGUUAUUUUAAUGAUGCAGCUACCUGGACGUGUCCAACACUUUUUUGUUGGUUGGGGUAUAAGAUACAGUGCUGAUAAGAC